CUCUCCCCCACAACCUCUUUCCUAUAUUAUAUAAUCUCUCCAAUUAUUUUAUCUUUGCAAAGACAUCAACUCCCAAAAAAAACCAAAACAAAACAAAACCAUUCUGGUUUCUUGUUUCACCUUAGCUUUAAGUUAAGUUGUCACAAACAUACACAUAUAUCUUCUCUCUCUCUCUCUCUCUCAUGAGAUGUGCCUUCCUUUUCCAAAGGGUUCUUCUGUACUAUUUCUCUUGUCAUGCUAUACCAUAAGAUACUUCAUUACCUUUCCUUAAACCUUGUCUAGUUCUUGUUUUUAUUCUGUCCUUUUUUUAUUUUUAUUUUUCAUUUGUUUCUAAAUGGAUCUUGGUGUAGUGAGUUUAGAAGGUUUGGUUAGUUCAGAUCCUGAGUCAAAAAACAAAUGGUACAACAACAAUGGAUCUGGUUUACUUAAACAAGAGAGAUCUGGAACAUGUACUGAAGAUGAGUUAAGAAGUUUCAAACUUGCAAAAACUGAUCAACAAGUACACCAAAGAAACUCAUGUUCUGCUUCACUUUUGAGAUCUAAUGCUACCACUACACUUUUUUCUUCUGAUGGUCAACACCAACAACAACAAAUGCUUAGUUUUUCAACUCCAACUUCAAAAUCUGAAUCUUUUUUAGUUGACAAAACUACCCAAAAUGCUGCAUUGUCUUAUGCUGCUUCUUACCAUCCUAUGUCUAGUUACAACAGAAAUACAGGUUAUAGUUCUGGAAGCAUGCAUGGAGGUUUAAGUGGUGUUAGAGGACCAUUCACACCUUCUCAGUGGAUGGAGUUGGAACAUCAGGCUUUGAUCUAUAAGUACAUCACUGCAAAUGUUGCUGUACCUCAUCAUUUGCUUAUACCUAUCAGAAAAGCCCUUGAUUCUGCUGGCUUAUCUAGCUUCUCAACUGCUCUCCUCAGACCAAAUGCAUUGGGAUGGGGAGGAUUCCAUCUGGGAUACUCGAACAACACCGAUCCGGAACCAGGAAGGUGUAGGAGAACAGAUGGAAAGAAAUGGCGAUGCUCAAGAGAUGCCGUUGUUGAUCAAAAGUACUGCGAAAGGCAUAUGAACAGAGGACGCCAUCGUUCAAGAAAGCCUGUGGAAGGCCAAUCUGGCCAGGCUCUCACCACUGGUGGAACCACAAAUACAGCUACUACUACUACUUCAACCAUUACUCCAAGUGGUUCAUCAAAGCAGAUCAAUUCUGCUGCUGCUUCUCCUUCUUCAUCUAUCGUUGUUCCUGGUGGCAACACUGUUUCCAACACUCUUAGCUUUGCACACCAGGAGCAUUCCAAGAAUAUGAACAGCCUUAUUGGACAAGAUAAUGGUUCUUCUGCUGCCAACACCAUCAACAGGAUGUUCAUGAAUAACAAAGAGAAUAACAACACUAGUGAGACGAUGCAGGAUGGUCCUGCACUACCGAUGCUGCCACCCACUCUAGAGUUGAAACCAAAGGAAAAUCAACCUUUCAUGAUUCAAAAACAGCACAUUUCAUAUGAUGAGUCCUCAAGGAACAAUGAAUUCGGGUUUGUCACUUCCGAUUCCCUUCUGAACCCUUCACAGAAAACCUCCACUUUGCUAGGAACCCGAACCUUUGGUUCAUCUUCACAGAACCCUACAAACCGAGAUGCAGGCUCUCAGCAAUCCCUUAGGCAUUUUAUUGACGACUUUCCCAAACCUCACUCAGAUCACCAACAUCAUAACCGCUCAGGUGGUUUUUCUUGGCCGGAGCUCGACAUGCAGUCUGAUAGGACACAACUAUCAAUUUCAACACCGAUGACUUCCUCAGACUUCAUGUCGUUCACUUCCUCGGCAACCAAUGAAAAACUCACACUUUCACCUCUUAGGCUAUCAAGAGAAAUAGACCCUAUUCAAAUGGGGUUAGGUGUUGGAAGUAGUGCUCUCAAUAACAACAAUGAAUCAUCAAACAAUAAUACUACAAAGCAAGCUAAUUGGAUUCCAAUAACUUGGGAGAGUUCAAUGGGUGGUCCACUUGGAGAGGUUCUUCAUCUUAGUAAUACUAUUACCUACAAUGCAAACGAUGAUCACUAUGGCAGCGGCAACAACAAUUCGUCCGCCCUAAAUCUCAUGACUGAUGGUUGGGACAAUCACAAUAGUCCUCCAAUGGGAUCAUCGCCAACCGGAGUCCUUCAAAAGACAGCAUUCGGAUCGCUUUCAAAUAGUAGCGCCGGUAGUAGUCCAAGAGCAGAGAACAAUAAAACAACUCAAGAAGGAGCUAGUUUGUGCAAUGAUCUUCUAGGAUCAACUCUUGGUAAUAAUACUUCCUUUACUCCUUAGAGGAACAAGAUGAUGAAGAAGAAGAAGAAGAAGAAGAAGAAAACUAAGAACUUUAAUUAAUGAGUUUUUUUUAAUUAUAUAUGAUGAUAUUACAUUACAUAUAUGGUUUAUUUAUUUAUGUUUUCUGUUAUUAUAGUUGUUAAUUACUACUAUACCAUACCAAUGCCAACAUGAUUUGGAUAUGUUAGGCAAUUGGUUUGGUUGACUUUUGUUUAUUAUGUUUCAUGUGAUGUUUGUUGGGAGUGAUUUGGCAAAGUUUGUUGUUGUUGUAUGAAAAAACAGUAAAGUGAUGUUAGUUGGAGUGUGGACUUAGAUUUUUGUUUUUGUUUUUUGUUUUUUGUUUUUGAGAUUGGUUUGUUUAAGGUGGGGACUCAGUCUUUGAUUGUUUGCA